CCUAACUACAGACAUGUGGUAUUCAGUACUCACAGUGCUCAGCCUAGUGACCUCAUUGGCUAAUGCUGCUGACACCUGCCCAGAUGUAAAGAUUGUGGGAGUUGGAGACUCGGACAAGUUGACCAUCCUCAGAGGUUGUCCUGGAAUUCCAGGAUCUCCUGGACAAAAGGGAGAAGCUGGGUCACUAGGAGAGAAAGGGUUAAAGGGUCUUUCAGGAAAUCCAGGAAAAGCUGGACCAACUGGACAAAAAGGUGAGACUGGUUCUUCAGGAAGAACAGGAGAAAAAGGAGAAAAAGGAGACGUUGGAAAAAUGGAGCCAUUGUACGCUGCGAGGAACUGUAAGGAGCUGUUGGAUCAGGGAGAGGUCCUAAGUGAUUGGUACACAAUAUACCCAGAUGGCGAGCGACCCCUGAAGGUGCUGUGUGAUAUGCACACCGAGGGAGGAGGCUGGAUUGUGUUUCAGAGGCGUUGGGACGGUUCUAUUGGCUUCUUCCGUGACUGGAAAUCAUACAAGACAGGAUUCGGAAGCCGCCUGAAUGAGUUCUGGUUGGGAAAUGAGAAUAUUCACAAGAUAACAUCAGCAGGUACAUGGGAGCUGCGUAUAGAUCUACAGGACUUUGAGAACAAAAGUCACUUUGCUAAAUACGGAUCCUUCAAAAUCCUGGGAGAGUCUGAGAAAUACAAAUUACUGCUCGGAGACUUCAAGGGGGGCGCUGCUGGGGAUUCCUUGUCGAGUCACAAGAACAAACCAUUUAGCACCAUGGACCAAGACAAUGAUGCACAUCCAAACAGCUGUGCCGAAAUGUUCAAGGGCGCUUGGUGGUACGGUGCCUGCCAUUCUUCAAACCUAAAUGCAUUGUACCAUCUGGGACAACACAGUAGUAAUGCAGAUGGUAUUAACUGGAGGACUGGAAAAGGGAUAAAUUACUCCUACAAAUGGUCUGAAAUGAAGAUUAGACCUGUUUAGAAGAACCAGAGGUAUCAAGGUAUCAAACAAGGGAAUUUCCUUUUAAGACUUAUGAUUAAAGCUUGCUUAAAUAUUAUAUCAUAACCCCUUAAGGAAGGUGGCUUUUCCCAGUUUCUGUGCUUAAAUGACAGAGGCAAUUUUGUCAUUUUCCCUUAUCGGUUUCUUAAUAAUUAUCUGCUCUCUUCCCUAUCAUAUACCAUUUUUAACAGGGAUUUAUUGUGAUACCCAAUAUGGUCCAUAAAAUAGCCAUAAAUAGGAAUUUAAUACUAAACAGGGUGAGGGGGUAGAAUAAAAUAAAAUUGAUUUUUUUUUAAAUAAUCAUUUUUUUAUUUUUUUUACAAAAAUAGUGUAGCUAAAAAAUACCUUAACAUAGAUUAUUUUGUUCUGAUUUGAGAAGGUCUAGGUUUCCAUAUAAUUUAUGGGCAAAUACCACAAGUAUGGACUUCCAAAUUGCUAAAACUUGCUAUGCUUGGACUGUAAGCUUAAAAUAGACAUGAAACCCAAAUGUAUUUUUCAUGAUUCAGACAGAGCUUAUAGUUUUAAGCAACUUUCUAAUUCACUUCUGUUAUCUAAUUUACUUCAUUAUCUUGGUAUCCUUUAUUGAAGUAUCAGAAUGGGAGCUAGCUGAUCACAACAGGUGAGCCUGUGAGAAGAUGCAUAUGUGGGAAGCCGCCAAUCAUCAGCUAGCUCACAGUAAUGCAUUGCGUCCCUGAGCCUAGCUAGGUAGGUAUAUUUUUAACAAUAUAUAUAUAUCAAGAGAACAAAGUAAACUAGAUAAUAAGAGUUGUUUAAAGAUGCAUGCACCAUCUGAAUCAUGAAAGAAAACUUUUUGGUUUAAUAUCUGUCAUCCAAUACAAAAACAUACAAAAGUAUGUAUUUGUAGAAAGUAGACACUCCAGGGUAUUAAUCUAAAGGCAUUUGACACUUUUAAUUAACCCUUUUACCACCAAGGGGAGAAACCUAAAAAAUAGGGUUAAAAAAUGCUUAAAUAAUUCAAAUUUAUUUUAAUAAGUGCAUUUUUAUAAUUUUAUUUUAACUAUUUGUAAGUCAUAGGUGCUGACAGGGAGAGAACGGGAGCUGUCAAAAUAAGCCAUUGUUUACAUAUGCGCGAAACACGUCAGAUAGGAGCUGUACAUAUAUGAUGUCUUCUACCUGAACUAAUAAAUCCUGUCUUGUACUGGC